GGCCGAGUGCGCCGUCAUCCCGGCUAUAAGCGCGCGGCCUCCCGGCGCUCGGCUCCGACCCCGCCGCCGCCACCAUGCAGCCCCCCAGCCUGCUGCUGCUCGUCCUCGGGCUGCUCGCUGCGCCCGCCGCCGCGCUCGUCCGAAUCCCGCUGCACAAGUUCACCUCUGUGCGCCGGACCAUGUCGGAGUUGGGGGGCCCCGUGGAGGAUCUGAUCGCCAGAGGCCCCAUUUCAAAAUACGCCCAGGGGGUGCCCAGUGUGGCGGGGGGUCCCGUUCCGGAGGUGCUCAGGAACUACAUGGACGCGCAGUACUACGGGGAGAUCGGCAUCGGGACGCCCCCGCAGUGCUUCACCGUCGUCUUUGACACGGGCUCCUCCAACCUGUGGGUCCCCUCGAUCCACUGCAAGCUGCUGGACAUCGCCUGCUGGAUCCACCACAAGUACAACAGCGGCAAGUCCAGCACCUACGUGAAGAACGGCACCAGCUUCGACAUCCACUACGGCUCCGGCAGCCUCUCCGGGUACCUGAGCCAGGACACCGUGUCGGUGCCCUGUAAGUCGGGUCUGUCGAGCCUGGCUGGCGUCAAGGUGGAGAGGCAGACGUUCGGGGAAGCCACCAAGCAGCCGGGCAUCACCUUCAUCGCGGCCAAGUUCGACGGCAUCCUGGGCAUGGCCUACCCCCGCAUCUCGGUCAACAAUGUGCUUCCCGUCUUUGAUAACCUGAUGCAGCAGAAGCUGGUGGAGAAGAACAUCUUCUCUUUCUACCUGAACAGGGACCCCGGCGCGCAGCCUGGGGGUGAGCUCAUGCUGGGCGGCACAGACUCCAAGUACUACAAGGGUCCCCUGUCCUACCUCAACGUGACCCGCAAGGCGUACUGGCAGGUCCACAUGGAACAGGUGGACGUGGGCAGCAGCCUGACCCUGUGCAAGGGGGGCUGCGAGGCCAUCGUGGACACGGGCACCUCGCUCAUCGUGGGCCCCGUGGACGAGGUGCGCGAGCUGCAGAAGGCCAUCGGGGCCGUGCCGUUGAUCCAGGGCGAGUACAUGAUCCCCUGUGAGAAGGUGUCCACCUUGCCCGAGGUCACCCUGACGCUGGGCGGCAAACCCUACAAGCUGUCGUCAGAGGACUACACGCUCAAGGUGUCGCAGGGCGGGAAGUCCAUCUGCUUGAGCGGCUUCAUGGGCAUGGACAUCCCCCCGCCCGGCGGGCCGCUCUGGAUCCUGGGGGACGUCUUCAUCGGCCGCUACUACACCGUGUUCGACCGGGACCAGAACCGCGUGGGCCUGGCCGAGGCCACCAGGCUCUAGCUGCCCGCCCGCUGGGGAGGACGGGGUCCGGCAGGAGGAGGCUGGCCGCCCCGCCCUCCCGGCCACCCCUGCCGCACACACUCACGCUCAGACUCACACUCAAAGCCCAGCUCUGCAGGCGCCGGGCUGUCGGGCUGCCGUUUUGUUCUGUGGUUUCCCCGGCCUUGGUGUGUCUGUCUGUCUAGUAGAGGGCGGGGUGCGGGGCAGCAGCCACUAGGCUGACCCCGAGUCUGGAGCCACGUCACUGACUGGGAAGCCCCAGCCUGGCUCGGCCGCCCAUCGUCUUGCACGCGGGACCCCCUCCCCCGGCCCAGGUAGUUCCCCCCCCCCCCAGCCCGUGCUUCGGGGGCCUGGCUGCCCAGGCAGGACUUCUGGACUGAGCCCCCACCCCAGGCCAGGCUGUUCUCUGGGCUUCUCCUCCUGGGGUCUGGUCUGGGGUCCAGAGCGGGGCACUGCUGGCCUGUCUUCCCGUGUGGCCCAUCGUGGAAGGGACCCGCCGAGGCCCAAGGACAAGCAGGAAGGGCUUGGAAGGGUCGGGACUCAGGGACAAAAGGCAGCCUUGUGAUGCCUUUGGGGUCCUCCUGGGGCUUGACCCCAUCUAGGAGGGCAUUUGCUGGUGCCGGGUUGGGGAAGAAGGGGAGGGGGGGGCUGGUGCCACCUUCUGUGAGCUUUUCCCCUCUUGAGUGACCAGGAGCCGAAGUGAACGUGGAAAUACAGUCGUCUGGGCCUCUC